AUUUCAAAAAGUCGCAAUCCUGGCGUGAGUCCGAGCCUUGUAUGUUCCAGUUAUGUUCAUUCACUUCAGUUCGCAUUUAUUGCAUCGUGGAUGUCAGUUGAUGUCAGGUUCUCUGACAAAUUACUUUUCUCGCGAAUUCUCUUUGAUAUUAAGACAGUAUCAAAUUUUACACAUGUGGAAUAACAGAAACUAGAUUUUCGAAAAUGUCUCACGAAACACCAAGGUCAUCUGCUGGUCUUUCUACCCCAAGAACAUAUGCUGAAAUUUUUAGUGACUUAGAUAUUUUCAAAGAGGCCGACUGUUAUCAAAAACCAUUAAGCAAACUUAUUCACAACAAUCUAAAAGAUUGGACUCAUGAAAAUCCAGAACGUGACUUGUCAUGUGGAAAUUUGAAGUUCUCCAACGACAAGAAUUUUGGAAAAGAGCCAUUUUUUGAAAAUAAAAAUCUUCUGCUUCCAAAUAAAGACAGUUGUGUUGAAUGUGAAUGGAAAUUCUCGCACAAAAUCGCAACUCUAGAAGAAAAAUUAGCAGAUGAAAGCCAGAUAAGAAAUCAACAAAUAAUAAAGUUCUUAUAUUAUGGAAUUAAUUCAAUUGACAGGAAGAUUAUUACAGAACACGAAAAAAACAUUCAAGAACGACUUGCUGAAAAAAAUAAGGAAAUAGAAUAUCUGAAGCAAGAAAGACGAAAAGUAGAGGUAGAAUGUGCUGAAUCGAAGGAGCAUUUGGAAAUCACAACUAAGCAUUUAGACAAUCUUGAGAGCUCUUUUAAUGACGUCCACGAGAAGUAUGAAAAAGCCAAACAAGCAAUUUUUGUACUGCAGAGAAAUGUUGAGAUAUUAAAGGAGAGCAUCUCAGAGCACGGAGAAUGUAUCAGACAAAAGCACAAUCAAUUUUCACAACUAAAGGACCAUGCGAUCGAAAGGCUGAAUUAUGCUAAUUUGCAAUUGGAUUUGAUGGAGAGAAAAUUUUUUUUAGAGAGUUCAAAAUUACGUGCAAGUGUUAACGAAUCUGAACUUCAUGCUCGAUCACUGUCAGAACAAUUAGAAAGAAAAAAUCGAGAAAAUACUGAGCUGGUUAGCAUUUGUGAAGGUUUGAUAAGCAGAAUGGAUCUACCUGCAAAUCUUUUAUUGAAGAACAUUAUGGUCGACUAUGGAGAAGAGCUCGUAAGUCUAAAAGACGACAAAUAAAAUUUUUCAUAAGAUUUUAUUAAAAAAAUAGAUUGUGUAUCUUUUUUGUAUGUUUCGAACAGUAGGACCCUUAUAAUUAAAGAUGGUGCGAUCCGU